CCAGAUUACGUACUCACCCGAGAUUUUCCACAUGUCAGUCAUCCAAGCAAUUGUGUUCUAGAUUCCAUCUCAUAUUCGUUGCUUUCAUCUGAGACCACUCAGCAAACACCUUCUCCAACCUCCUUCGACAAACAUCCUUUAUAUACGUACGUGGCUGGGCCCGGAGCCGCUUGCAUACCUGAGAAGCUAUAGCCAGCCUUUCUUUGUUCAGCUCCCGCACAUUCGCACCGGAACCCAUCGUCAGGGAAGGGAGCUGCAAGCUUGUAGCUGGCUCUCAUCAAUAACACUAUCGCAAGUGUUUUAAAGUAGCUUCUUUGGGUCUCUGGAGUUACCCGCGAGCUUUUGCGACUGAGAAAGAGCUAGGGAAUAGGUGUGUUACGUCAUAGCGAAGAUGUUUCCUCCAUCGCAGGGCUUGCGAUUGGACAUUGAUGCCAUCAGCCAGAUAUUUGGCUCCAUCAGCAUCGCAUGCUGGAUAGUGGUUUUUUCACCUCAGAUAAUUGAGAACUGGAAGAGAAGCUCAGCAGAGGGCCUUUCGGUAGUCUUUAUUGUGAUAUGGCUUCUCGGGGACUUCUUCAACAUCAUAGGUGCAGUACUGCAGGGUGUGCUGCCAACGAUGACCAUCUUGGCGGUAUACUAUACGCUAGCCGACAUCGUGCUAUUGCUGCAGUGCUUCUACUACAAGGGCUUUACGUUGCGCGAUGAUUUUAAGAAACCGAUGGAUGAAUCCGAUGAGGAUAGUGAAGCUAGCGAGCAGUCACCGCUUCUUCCCCACCGUAGGCCGCAGUCAAGUGGCUCACCCUAUACAAACGGCAACGGCAAUGGGAUCGAGGUACAGAGACCGCGCAUAUCAGACAUCGACAGACGCGGCUCAAGCCACUCACAAGGCUCAUUCCGCGAACGAUACCUCUCUAUUGACGGCACGCACCUUUCGCCUGUCACACCGCUCCACGAUGACUCUACUAUUGCACACCAGAAUGGCGCGGUCGCAGCCAAACCUCAGCCGGCCCAGUCCAGCCUGCAAACAAUCAUCUUCAACCUUGGUACCAUCGUUCUUGUAUGUGCGGCCGGAGUCUUCGGUUGGUAUCUCAGUGCCCGGAACUCCACCGCUCCCAAUCAGCCAGAUGACCAGGACUCGUCACCCGAAUCAACACUGCACUUCAACCUUUGGGGCCAGAUCUCCGGCUACGUUUGCGCCGCACUCUACCUUGGCUCUCGUGUCCCACAGCUCCUGCUUAACUACCGCCGCAAGUCUACCGAGGGCAUCAGCAUGCUAUUCUUCCUGUUUGCUUGCUUAGGUAACUUGACAUAUGUGUUGAGCAUCCUGGUCUACAAGCCCAAGUGUGGGGGUCAUGUCUGCCAGGGUGGAGAGGGACGUGCUGAGUACGGCAAGUACAUUGCGGUCAACAUGAGCUGGUUAUUGGGCAGCUUUGGCACGUUGUUGUUGGAUGCUGGUGUGUUUGUACAGUACUUCUUGUAUAAGAUGGACGAUGACGAGAGUGACGAAGAGGAGUAAAGGCAGAUAUGAGAGAUGCCUAAAUUGUACUACUACAAAAGUUUUCGUUACAAUAUCUUGAUGGAGCACGCAGCUGGGGGUGCAUUGUUGUACAUGCAUGGCCUCGCAAAUGUACAUAUGCAGAGCAGUCUUGGCUGGGACUCAGAUACGUCGUUCACGAGGAGUCUAAUUGGCACCGGAGUUGCGGGACGUCAGUGGGCUUUCGACUUGUCUGUUUGUAUCGGAAGCCUUCGCUCGUUGGGGCAAAUGGCUGCGCAACAUAUCCGUCUUGGUACCUUGGGCUGAGCUACGCGCGCGUUUGUAAGAUCGGAGUCGUUUGAAAUCAGAAUGCAUCAUACUUCAAC